AUGGAAGAUUCGCAAUCGUCUCCUUCACGUAACCUAGUUCACGCCGGAAACUCCACACUAUUCAUUCUUUUCGAUCUCACCAUCGAGAUACUCUCUAAACUUCCGGUGAAAUCUUUCAUCCGACUCCAAUCCGUUUCAAAACUCUGGUUCUCUAUCAUCCGCAGCAAAGAUUUCACCGACCCGUUCCUGGCUUUGUCUAGGACUCAGCCUCGUCUCCUUUUCACCUUCAAGCACUUUGAUUCCCGAAAGCGUUUCAUCUUCUCAGCUCCUGAACACAAAACCAACGACAAAUCCUCCAGGGUCAUGGCCAGACACGACAUGACCAUCUCUGGUCUUGUCUACUCCAUCACGUCUCGUCCCCUAAACGGGUUCGUCUGCUUCUCACGUGGUUCUUCGAUCGCUGUUUGUAAUCCAACCACGAGACAUAUAGUAGAACUCUCCCUGAUGUUGAAUACAACGGAAGAGACAUCUACACACGUCUAG